CAAUGCCAUGUCUACACCUUUUCUAAGUCCAUUACACUAGAUUUUCUUUCUCUUACGUUUCCCAUGACCACACUCGUGCAAUUCUCUAUCAAAUGUUCAAACUUGAAGCCCAACUUCUUCCACCAUGGCAUAUACAAGAGACCCACUUGCUCUUUCUCUCGGAUAGAGACAAAGUUUGGUUCUUUUAAUGGCAAUAACUUGAAACUGACGGCAGGCAGGGUGAGCUUGUUCUUCUUGGGAGGUGAAGUGUUUAAAAAUGGGGUUUUGUGGGAAGAGAAGGGGUGCAAGAGGAAAAAGAGGGUGGUGUUGGUGAAGAAUAAUCAGGGGUUUGGCUUCAAUGGAGGAGGUGGUGGUGGUGGAAGAGAUGAUGGUGCCACUGCUAGGAUUUUGGGAAACCUUGCUUUAGCUAUUGGAUUGACUUACCUUUCUAUGACUGGGCAACUUGGUUGGAUUUUGGAUGCUAUUGUGUCCAUUUGGCUUGUUGCAGUGUUAAUACCAAUAGUAGGUCUUGGUGCUUUCCUCUGGUGGGCAGGGCGAGAUAUAAUGCAAGGCACUUGUCCAAAUUGUGGAAAUGAUUUUCAGGUUUUCAAAUCCUCUCUGAAUGAUGAUUUGCAGCUGUGCCCUUUUUGUGGUCAACCUUUUUCUGUUGUUGGCAAUGAGUUUGUGAAGGACUCUGUGAAGUUUUCAAACCAAACUACUACAUUUGGACAAGCAUUCAAUAAUUUCACCCGUUCUAGAAAAGAAAAAGAUUCUGGUAAAGCAAUUGAUGUUGAAGCUGAAAUUAAUGAUGUAGACUGAGUCUUCACAGCUAUAACAUGUUGGAUGACUACACUGAACACCAAUCUUAUUAGGUUAAAGAACAGGCUGUGGCUUGCAUUUUCCGUCAUAUUGAAGACACAAUGAAUGACACACAUUCAAGAGAGGAGUGUGAUGAGCAAAGUAACACAUUCACGAGAGGAGUUUUGUGAACAGAGUAACAUUGCAAUUGUAAUAUAAGUUUUGACAGUGAUGUUUCUCAGGUCACACCUUUAUUAUUUUGGUGUACCAAAUGCUGCUUCAUUUUUUCCUUUCAUUGUUGCAUAGAAAGUUUAGGGGUUAAUAAAGAUGCUUCAUUUCAAUGUCAGGCUACCGAUUGCUUAACCUGGCUGUAUUUGAACUAACAAAAACAACUUAAUUAAACGUUUAUUUAAAAAGUUAUUAUCA